GGAGGUUUCAGAGCCCAGCACAGCCGAUGUGGAACCAGACUCAGAGAGCUCUGUGGCCCAGCAGCCAGCGUCUGGGUCUGAGCCGGAGAGCAGCGAGAGCCGGCUGGAGGAGAGCACCACUCCUAAGGCUUUUGCCGCCCGCAGGAUAUCCUUAAGCAGCAGCAAGGCAUCUCCAGCCAGAACAGAUGGAGGAGCGGCAGAGCCCGACACGGGAAAUGCGGGAGGGAGGAAGAGGCGAUGGGGCUCGAGCACAGCAGUCACCGUUAAGAAACCGUCAAUAAGCAUCACCACAGACUCACUGAAGUCUUUGAUUCCAGACAUCAAAGUGAACCAGGAGGCAGUUGUGGACCUUCAUCCCGAGGAGCUGCAGUUGUCUGGAGACGAGGAGAACAUGGACACCAGUCGAGGCGACCCAGACAAAGGCCUCAAGAUCCGACGCACAGUCACUCAGGUUGUUCCAAGCGACAGCCAGGAAAACGGCCAGACAAAUGAAGAAGACAACGUAGAAGAAGAAGAAGAAGAAGAGGAAGAAGAAGAAGAAGAAGAAGAAAAAGUGGAGAAAACCGAGGCAGAAAAACCACACAGGACAUCUAGAGACAAGCGGGGGUCCAGUCUGUCAGUCGAACCCCCAGAACCACAGAUAUCUGUGAACCUCGAUGGAGAGACAAAGAAAGUUACUCCCAGCGACAGUCUGAUUCGCCGCUCUAUAAGUCAACAGAAGUCUGGUGUCUCCGUGACAAUCGACGACCCUGUUCGCACGACCAGGCAGCCCUCACCGCCGCGUGGAAAAGUCUCCAACAUCAUCCACGUGACAAACCUGGUACGACCRUUUACCCUGCUGCAGCUGAAGGAGCUGCUGAACCGGACAGGAAGUGUGGUGGAGGAGGGUUUCUGGAUCGACAAGAUCAAGUCUCACUGCUACGUCACGUACACCACAGCAGAGGAGGCCGUCUCCACCAGGACGGCUCUUCAUGGAGUCAAAUGGCCUGCUAGUAAUCCCAAGGUGCUUAAUGUGGACUUCUGUGAGCAYGACGAGCUGGACUUUCACAAAGGCAUCUUGAAGCCCAUCCAAGUGGAGGACCCUGUUCCCCAGCCCAUUGUUCCUCAGAACCGGCUUCCACCACUGAUGCCCGAGCGGGACAAAGACCACGACAGAGAACGAGAGCGGGACAGGGAACGGGAGCGGGACAGAGGAGUGCGGGACCUGUGGGCCGAGCGCCAGCGGGAGAUGGAGCGCCGCGAGAAGGCGCGAGGCGAGCGGGAGUGGGACCGGGAUAAAGUCCGCGAGUUCGCCAGACCAGGAGAGGACGGGCGACGGUCUCGAUCCAGAGAGAGGGAGAGGAGGAGGAGGGAGAGGGCAAAGAGCAAGGAGAGGAGGAGCGAUAAGAAGGAGAAAGGAGAUGAACCUCCUGCUAAAUUACUGGAUGACCUGUUCCUGAAGACCAAAGCGGCUCCGUGUAUUUACUGGCUUCCCCUCACUGAAGAGCAGGCAACACAGAGGCUUUCAGAACGCGUAGACCGGCAGAAGGAGCGCGAGCGACGGCGCAAGGAGCAAGAGGAGGCGUCCAAAAAGCGCGACGAGGAGAAGAAGGAGCGGCUGAAGGGUCGAGAGAAAGACGGCGCCUCGGCGGUGGCGAGCGGCGCGCCCGCCGGUAGAGGAGCCGACGGAGACAGGGAGCGAGAUCGGGUCCGAGACCGAGAAGGGGACAGGAGGAAGGACAGCAGCCACCGGUCCAAGCGACCCUCGCCGGGCGUGGGUGGCGGGCGGCGUUCUCACAGCCGUAGCAACCCCAGAGAGCGACGUCGCUGAGGACCGCUGGAGAGAGGGAGGCAGAGUGGCAGAGGACCAACAGGAAGUGACGAGGAACUGGAGCCGUGCCCCUCACCACCUGCCCCACCGGGCUUUAAUGUAUCCACUUUGGACGCCGGCGUUGUCUUCCAUGAGUUUCUCCCUCCUUUUUAAUGUUCAAAGAAAUACUUAGAAAACCAUCCGUCUAAUUUUCAUUUUUAGGAAGCAAUUUUUAAUUUUCCCCCAUGUAGAGAGCAGCUCUCUCCGUCUCUGUGAAGUUUAUUUUCUGUUGAGGAAAAGUAGGCGAGGACGGCUGUUUCCAGGCUUCAUUUUGUCCCUGUGAGGUUUCUGAGUCGGUCUCAUUAUUUUAGUUCUGCGGCUGCACAGUUCCUUCCUCCUCUCAGCCCUGUAAUAAAAGCAGUCUAAAAUAGAUCUGUGACUUCACAUAUUUUCUAGGGCCUCUUUUAAUGUUCCACUCUUCAGCACUGAGAUUUAAACUUAUCUAUGUUUAUGCAAUGAAAAUGUCUCAACAACCCCUGCUUUUUUCUUUUAUCAGUUUCGUUUUGAACUGUAAUUAUUUUUGUCAUGGAGGGUUGUGUUGUGUUGCAAGUGAGUAAUAAAUUCUCACUUUAAAGAUGCCAGCUGGUCUCUACUGUAACCAAUAAUAGUGCGAUGAUGGGAAGAAAUGAGUUUGUAUUUAUGAGAGGACAGGAAAUUUCUAAAUGACUCCUCAUAAAGGAGGUAAAAAUCCAAAGUUUAACGGUCGCAAAUUUUAAUAUUUUACCUUUUUGCUUUUUAAGUUUGAUUUUGUUGCUUUUUAUUCUCCUGCAAGUGCUGAAUGUACAAAGAAUUGAAGAAAUAAACUGGUUUAUCACUAA